GUGUUUGGAAACUCUCACGACGCCAAAGUGUCAUUGCAAGCGUGUAGGUGCCUUGCUAGCAUGACCCCUGAGACGACAAACCCCCUUUUGGCAGUGACUGACUUGUUUCAGUUUCAUGUCGAAUUGCAAAAGAAGCUCAGAAAAAGACUUUGCACAGGGGGGUUCAUUUUGCAUGUGGCCCACGACGUCAUGCAGGAUCCAGAUCGUGGCGAGAGAGAAACACUUUUCAUCUGCACUCUUAUCUUGGAGAUGCUGCAUUGGGAGCUGGAGCUGGUUUGGGCCAAUUGCUGCGCUGUGCAUUGUCCAGUCUGGCGCAUAUGCAAGCCGUCGGGAGCUGAGGCCCUGCUGUGACGCCUCAACGGCGGCUGCUUUCAAGCCACAAGCAACUCCUGCAUCCAGUCUUGAGCUGAGCUGAGCUGAGCCUGUCAGAGACAAAUGGAACUGAAGCCCCAGCGGCUAUUCGCGAUGUGGCUUGAUCUGGUUUGACCUGGUGUUUUAACAGGCUGGGCGCUAAGCUCCCCCAGAAGCUCGAAUCUCCAGCGACUGCUUUUAGUGCUUGUGGCCGGCUGGCUCCGGAUUU